GGUGUACGCGGCUGGUGGUGACCCGGACUCAGUGGCCGGUGAAUUCGGCCGCCAUUCGCUUUACAAGAUGUUGGGGUACUUCUCCCUCGUAGGCUUGUUGCGUUUGCAUUCUCUGCUCGGAGAUUAUUAUCAGGCUAUCAAGGUCCUGGAAAAUAUUGAGCUGCACAAGAAAUCUCAGUAUUCGCACGUACCAGCGUGCCAAAUAUCCACUUCAUACUAUGUGGGCUUCGCGUACAUGAUGAUGCGCCGCUACGCUGACGCCAUCCGCACGCUCUCCGCUUUGUACAUGCAGCGCACAAAGCAGCUCUUCUCAUCCCGUUCGUACCAGAACGAUCAGAUCAACAAACAGACUGAGCAAAUGUACAAUCUUCUGGCCAUUUGCUUGGUUCUUCACCCGCAGUGCGUGGACGAAUCUAUUCAGCAGGUACUAAGAGAAAAGAACUAUCAUGAGAAGAUGUUCAAGAUGCAGUAUGGAGAUUUGGGAGAAUUUGAAUCCUGCUUUACUUUCGCGUGCCCCAAAUUCCUGUCGCCCUGCCCACCCCCCAUCGAGCCUGGCUCAAACUACGGCCGCGAUGCCGUCAAGCAUCAAACUCAAGUUUUUAUGGAUGAGGUUCGCCAGCAGAAAAUGUUGCCAACUAUUCGGUCUUACUUGAAGCUGUACACGACCCUUCCGUUGGCCAAACUAGCAGCGUUCAUGUCAGCGGCGCGCGGCGGCGACAGGGAUGCCGCGCGAGAACACGCCGCUCUCGCCAUACACCUGCUCUGCUUCAAGCACAAGAUGAAGAACGUCGUGUGGACCAAGGGACCUAGCGGACUCGAUGGAAAGUUCCAGAGUGGGUCUGAGUUGGAUUUCUACAUCGACAACGACAUGAUUCACAUUGCAGACACUAAGGUGGCCCACCGUUACGGCGACUUCUUCAUUCGCAAACUUCUCAAGUUUGAGGAACUGAACAGAAAACUACAUCUAAUUAAAAUUUAAACAUGUAAUCCAUAGCCCUGAUCAAUAAAUAUAAUUAAUCCCAUCUCCGCAUCCACCUUCUGAGUGAAUUUAUGCAAAAUUACAAGAAAUAUUAUAACAUUUGAAGUAAUUCUGUUUAUGUUCGGCACAUAUUCUUGAUCAGGUAUAUAAGAUUUGUAACCCACAAUUUUCAAAUAAAAAGCAAGAACAAUACUU